CGCUGAAAGGGAGAUACAGCCUACUGUACUUCUCCCAUUGACAAUCUUACAGAUUCAUGAGUGCUCAUGAAGUCUGAGGUUUUUUUACUGAUAUCAUAGCUAACAGCAGCCUACACAACUCUGGCAGUGCUUAGCUAUUGUUUUCCAUUGUAAUGUGAGGACUCCUGGCCACAGCACAUUAAUGACAGGGCACAUGACUGACCUACUGUAGUAAUGUAUGGUUUGCAGAGGGUUCAGCCUGCUUUACUAAGAGUUCCUGAUGUUAUAAACAUUGCCAAGGCAACAACAAUAAAAGAAGCACUCGUAAAGUGGGAGGAGAAAGCAGGUGAGAAAGUAGGAGAAGCAAAGGCAGUGAAACUGUAUGGACAGAUUCCUCCCAUUGAAAAGAUGGAUGCCUCAUUAUCGACUUUGGUAAACUGCGAGAAAUUAUCACUGUCAACAAACUGCAUUGAAAAAAUAGCCAAUCUCAAUGGACUUAAAAAUCUACGAAUAUUAUCAUUGGGGCGGAACAAUAUAAAGAAUUUAAAUGGACUGGAAGCAGUAGGUGAUACCCUGGAGGAACUCUGGAUUUCCUACAAUUUGAUAGAGAAACUGAAAGGCAUUCAUGUGAUGAAGAAGUUGAGGGUCCUGUACAUGUCCAAUAACCUUGUGAAAGAAUGGGGGGAGUUCAUCAAGCUGGCAGAUUUACCUGCUCUGGUGGAUCUAGUGUUUGUAGGAAACCCCCUAGAAGAGAAAUAUUCUGCUGAAGGCAAUUGGAUAGAAGAGGCAACCAAGCGACUUCCUAAACUAAAGAAACUAGAUGGAAACCCAGUUAUCAAACAGGAUGAAGAGGAAGGAGAUGGAGAAAGCUAAUUAAAAGCCGUGGCUUAAAAUCUUUUUUUAUGUUAUGUUUAAAGUUUUUUUUAUUAUUUUUACAGUUUUUUUUAAUUGUUAUAGCACCAGUACACUUUCAUUGGACACUCCAUGACCAAUUGGUCUUUUUGCUAUUUAUAAAAUAUGUAUAUGGAAUCAACCAACUGCACUAGAGGCCUGAUUCAAGGACAAGGAACAAGCAAGUAUUAACUAUUUGGUGUUCUGUCAACUCUCAGCUAGUUCAGGAAGCAUUAAUUUAAAGAAUGCACUGUUUUUUUCUGGUCACAUAAGCACAUUUAGCAUAAACUGGAUACACCAGUUUCAGUAUCACUUUUGAUUUACAUGUCUGGAUGCUGUAAUCAGUGAAUUUAUAGAAAUGGUUGCCUCUUACUUACUUGAACAAGAUUCGCUUUCACAGCAAUUUCAUAUGCACAGUAAUCUACCAUAUGUUAGUUUUGAUAAAUGUGCUUAAAUUAAAAUAUUGAGUUUCCAGUGACACUUCAAAACCCCAACAUGUCCAGUUUGAUUUAUUAGAGGCAUAUCAUAAGCAAAAUGUGGUUUGGGUCAUGACUAUUUUUUCCAUUAUUGACUAUGAGAGUAAAGGCUGCUCAAAACUACCUUUUAUGUUUAUGAAGACAGUUGGCAUGGAUCAAUUUCUCCAUGUUGCAGCAAACCUGACUUUCACGGAGCCUAGUAGGGGUCAAAUUUUAGUACAUUGCUACAAUGUGCUGACUGUAUUAUGCUUCUGUCUUGAAGCUUGUGCUGGUUUAACCUAGUUAAAGGACAACCUCACUGUCCAUCAUUGGCAUGUACAAAUUUACUUAAUGUGUACAACAGUGAUCAAAGAACCUCUAAAGUGAAUGAAAAAGGUGAAUCACUUUAGAGUUUUACAGUGAAUGCAGUCUCAUCUUUUUUUUUUUCUGUGAACAUGUCAGGAAUGACAAAUGUAGCCCAUGUUCAAAGCAUGGUUGUCUGUUAAAUGGGAUGGAAUGUACAACACAUUUAUGACAUACUAAACACACUGUUCAAUUCACAUAAGUUUAAUUCCUACUUUUUCACCUUUUAUUACAACUUAUUAAGGAAGACCUUGGGGUGUUAUCCUGCCUACUGUCAGUUAAAUGGUGUUUCACUUUGGUGCACUGCAUUAACAAAUGUCUGAGAGCAAGAAAAAAAGUUUAUUUUGUGAAAGAAAAAAAAAUCUAUAGAAUUGUUUACUUGUUAGAUUGAAGAAAAUAUUAUUUAUAAAGUGAUUUUUACUGGCUUGUAAUAAAUUAUUAGAUGAAGUAUUUGUAUAAAUAAAUAUACAAGUUGAAUGGCUAUGUAAAUAACACAGGUUGGAUUGCUAGAGUGAUCUAUGUUCUAUGUUUACAUUAAAUGUUUUUAAAUUAA